CAACUCUCCCAAGCGACAAGAACAUUUAGAAUUCAGGAUCAUAGAACUUUUGCAAAAAAAAAACACACUUCUUUAAUUAAUGUAUGCCACACCCGAUGGAUUGAAAGGAUAGAUGCUAUGGACCGAAUAGUUGAGCUUCUCCAUCCAGUCACAGCUACAAUAGAAGAUAUCUCAAUGAACAGACACAAGCAUGAAAAUACCAACUGGAAUCCUACCAGCAGACAAGAUGCCCAAUCAUUACUUAAUGCUAUCAACUUUUCCUUUAUUGUUGCUAUUGUUAUUGUCAGACAUAUUUUGGCACUAACUAAGCCACUUACAGUGAAGCUGCAAAGUAAAGCUAUGGAUAUCCUGAAAGCUAAAGAAGAACUUGCUCUUCUGAUAUCAGUUCUCACAGAAAUGAGCAAUGACAUUGAUGCCACACACCAUGAACUGUACCAGGAUGCAGUGACUAUCGCAAGACAAGUAGAUGUACAACCAGAUAUGCCAAGGGUAGCUCAGAGACAGACACAUAGACCCAAUGCUCCUGCUUCAAAUCCUGAAGACUAUUACAAGAUAAAUCUGAGCAGAGUUUUCCUAGACCAUGUACUCGAGCAGCUCGAUUCUAGAUUCAAGGAUGAUGUAUUUAUCUGCUACAAAGGUAUUUCGAUCAUACCCUCUGUUUUGAUUGCUACUGAUGACUGGAAGCCUAAUGUUUUAGAAUUUUGUAACUAUUACAGACAGGACAUGCCAAAUUAUAUAGGUUUACAGGCAGAGCUUUUAUUAUGGGAGAGAUUAUGGAAGGGGAGGGAUAACAGAGGAGAAGUGAUUCCAGACACUCUUAAGGCUACACUGGAGGAUAUUGACAAAGAUGCAUAUGUCAAUAUUUAUUUCAUGUUAAAGAUCCUGAUCACACUUCCAAUUUCAUCUGCUUCUUGUGAGAGAUCCAUUUCAUCCCUUCGAAAUCUUAAAACCUAUUUGAGAAGCACAAUGACUGAGGACAGAUUGAAUGGGCUGGCACUAAUGUAUACCCACAAAGACAUGGAUUUAGACCUGGACAGAAUAAUAGAUUUAUUUGCUCAAUUGCACCCUAGGAGAAUGAGAAUGGCAAACAUAUUAACUUAAAUUUUUGCACCAUCUGUUUCUAGAGGGCUUGUGAGUUAUGUUCCAUCUGGGUCUUACCUUUAAACUGAUGGAGAAC